AUUGCACGCGACUGUCUCCUCGCUGUCGUACCUGGCAGUGACACCGGCAGUGAUGACUUUCCAGUGCGAGGAGUGCCCUCAUCAAUGCGCCACGAAGGAGAAGCUGCGGCAGCAUAAUAUUCAAAGGCAUCAUUACUACUGUGCUACUUGCAAGCUUUCCUUGGGUGAUAAGCAUGCGCUCAGAUCUCACAACAACUCCCUCGUACACGAGCCUCGUCAGUGGGCUUGCCCACUGUGCUCUACCAAGAAGAAGAAGCGGGGAAAGGGAAACUUCAAGACCCCAUCCGCCCUCACCCAGCACCUCGAGUCCGGCAUCCACGCCGGCGUCACCCGCUACCACAUCAUCGCCGCCACCCAAGCCCUCCAAACCCCAGCCCCCGUCGCCCUACACGCCACCCCAGGUAUCUACUCCGCCCCCGCCCCCAUGAAGGUCAUCGGCGGCGUCGCCACCAAGGCCAGCAGCUGGACCGGCACCGCCUUCCAGUGCGACAAGUGCGAGAAGGCGUUCCGCACGCUCAGCGCCCUGAACCAGCACCUCGCGAGCGCGGUGCACGACGAGCUGGAGAUGAUCUGCCCGGGGUGCACGACGGAGUUUGCGCUCACGAGCGCGCUGGUGCGGCACUUGGAGAGCGGCGUCUGUGGCACGGCGACGUAUGCGAGUGUGCAGGCGAAUGCGCGGGCGCUGAUUGAUACGGUGUCGGGCUUGUUGAAGGGUUGAGAGCGGCGCGUGGGAGGACGGACGUGAUAUUCAUGCAACAAUGUAUAAUGAUAAUGUAGGAUAAUCUGCAGGGACGGAGCAGUACAUCAUCGAAACGGAGGGCCACCAUUGACAAACCUCACCAAGGACUAGACGAUACAACAUACACAUGCCCCAAUAUUCGUAGCACAUAAAGGAACUGACCAUGCACGAGCACUCAUCCAAGCAGAUUUCACGCUGCUAGCGAGCCCUUGUACCCGUCUCCGCGGCGAGCGGCCAGGAUGCCUCGGAUGAGAACAACGACGGUCGCGAAGGUGACCAAGAUCCACAUAAUCCAGCAGAACGCCUCAAGGGCGUUCAGCUGCCCGCAGUAGACAAACAGCCUCUGCGUGUCGCAGUUUAACCCACCGCCCAGCAUCUCCGUAACCGCC